UUAGCGCAUAGUGUGAAAUGUGAGUUGAUGUAUAAAACGGACGGAACGCCUACUGAAACGGCACAGAACCUCAAGGAACUACAACAGCAGCACAUCAGCAGCAGCAGCAUCAGCAAAUCCUCCAGUGAAUUAUUUAGUAUAUUAUUCUCCCACACACAACAUGAACUGCAGCUGGAUAUUUGCGCUCAUCCUGGCCACAUUGUGCCUGUCUCAGGCAGCGCCUCUGAACAAUCCCUACCAGGCUUUAAGCUCGCCCAGCGACAUCAGCGGGCAGCCUGUGCGCACGAAACGCGGCAGCUAUCAAAAUGAUUACUACAUCUGCUAUCCCAGCAGCGUUGUCUACGGCUAUCAUCACAACAAUCCCAGUUCCCAGGACGAACAUCGUCGUUCCGAUGCGCCGGAGCAGCGCUUCCUCGCCUACGAUUCCUACGAUGCACGCACAAAUCGUGCGGACAGGGAACGCGCCGCCUACACAGACAGCUUUGGCAAAUAAUCUCAACUCAAACUUAGAUGUUAUAUGUAGAGUAUAUAUUCUAGUUAAGCCAUUCGCACAGGUGUAGCUGUAGUUAGUAUUUAUUUAUACUAAUUAUUUAUUGUUUUUUAUAUAAUAUAUGUUAAUAACAAAGAAAUGAAAA